AUGUCCAAAAUCGACGUUCACCACCACUUCUACCCUGAAGUGUUCACUCAAGCACUCCAACGAGCGGGAGGCGACCCAUCUGGAUGGACGGUACCAAAAUGGACGCUCGAAGCCGACCGAGAAAUCAACAAGGCGAUCGGAGUCCGCAAGACCAUCCUCUCCAUGACAGCGCCUGGCGCGUGCAUUGAGAAAGACCCCGUCGCAGCAGCAGCACUGGCGCGAGCCGCAAACGAGGCGGCGGCAUCGAUCCGCGAUUCCAGCCCAUCGGAAUAUGGCUUCUUCGCAUCAGUGCCCUCGCUGCUCGACACAGAACGUGUGCUGGAGGAAAUCACCUAUGCCUUCGACACGCUGCACGCGGACGGCAUCACGCUCUUCACCCGCUACGGCACCGACAACCACUAUCUCGGACACCCAGACUUCCGCAGCAUCUGGGACGAGCUGAACCGGCGCAAGGCCGUCGUGUUCGUGCACCCGACGCACGGCGUCGACACCAAGCUCGUCAACGCGCACCUCCCGCAGCCCAUGUUCGACUACCCGCACGAAACGGGCCGCACGGCCAUCGACCUGAUCCUAACCGACACGCUCAACACGGUCGCGCGCGACUGCAGGAUCAUCCUCUCCCACGCCGGCGGCACCCUGCCCACGCUCAUCUACCGCGUCGCCGGCAUGGUGCCGCACACACCGUUCAGCGUGGGCAAGUCGACGGAGCAGAUCGUCGAGGAGGCGUCCCGCUUCUACUUCGACCUCGCCAUCUCGUCGAACCCGUUGACCUUGACCACGUUGUUCAAGCUCGCGAAACCCGGGCACGUGCUUUUUGGAAGUGAUUUCCCCAACGCCCCUGCUGAGGGGAUUAAAUACUUUACGCGCAAUUUUGAGGCGUUUGAGCUGGAUGAGGAGAGGAGGAGGGACGUUGAGUUUGGGGCGGCGGAGAAGUUGUUUGCAAAGGCCUGA